CAGGUGUUAUAACUUCAAGAAAUGCUGUGAUCUAUUUGAAGAGCAUCAUUCACAUAAACUUAUGUCUUGUGAUACCUUUUUCUAAACUAGAAUGGCUUUGAAAAAAACACCUAAACUACUCAAGAAGUUAUUUUUUCACUGGAAACUUUGGAAAUUUAGCAUUAUUGUGUUUGUCUUUCUGGUAUUUUUAUUUUUACUCCAAAGAGAAGUGGGUGUUCAAGAUUUUAAAGAUGAAGCAAGGAUUGAGCCAGUUGCUAGAAAGAAAAGUCAUGUAUUAGGUCUCAUGUUAAAUGCUAUGAACAAUAUCAAGGACGUAAAGCCAAAAAUGCAGAUAAAAGCACCUGUUAGGCAAACUAAGAUUCCUGGAGAGAGAUACUGUUUGCCAGGACACUAUACUCCAGUGGAACUGAAACCCUUUCUAGUUCGUCCUCUUCAAGAUCCUAAUGCUCCUGGAGCUUCUGGUAAAGCAUUUAAAACCAUCAACUUAAAUUCAGAAGAACAGAAAGAAAAACAGCGUGGAGAAGAAAAACAUUGUUUUAAUGCAUUUGCAAGUGAUAGGAUUUCUUUACAUAGAGAUCUUGGAUCAGACACUCGGCCUCCUGAAUGUAUUGAACAAAAGUUUAAGCGUUGCCCACCAUUGCCAACCACAAGUAUUAUAAUAGUUUUUCAUAAUGAAGCAUGGUCCACUCUGCUCAGAACUGUUCACAGCGCUAUGUACACAUCUCCUGCUGUGCUGCUAAAGGAGAUUAUUUUGGUGGAUGAUGCCAGUUCAGAUGAAUACUUGCAUGAUAAACUAGAUGAGUAUGUGAAACAAUUUCAAAUAGUUAAAGUAGUCCGUCAAAAGGAGAGAAAAGGUCUGAUCACUGCAAGGCUGUUGGGAGCUUCAGUAGCAACAGGAGAGACCCUUACCUUUCUGGAUGCUCAUUGUGAAUGCUUUUAUGGCUGGUUAGAGCCAUUAUUGGCAAGAAUAGCUGAGAACCCUGUUGCUGUUGUAAGUCCUGAUAUUGCUUCUAUAGAUCUCAAUACUUUUGAAUUCAGUAAACCAUCUCCUUAUGGGCAUAGCCACAACAGAGGAAAUUUUGAUUGGAGUUUGCAAUUUGGGUGGGAGUCCCUCCCUAAACAUGAAAAUAAAAGAAGAAAAGAUGAAACCUAUCCAAUUAGAACACCUACUUUUGCUGGAGGUCUCUUUUCAAUAUCAAAAGACUACUUUGAACACAUUGGGAGCUACGAUGAAGAAAUGGAAAUAUGGGGAGGUGAAAAUAUAGAAAUGUCUUUCAGAGUAUGGCAAUGUGGUGGACAGUUGGAGAUCAUGCCUUGCUCUGUUGUUGGCCAUGUCUUUCGCAGCAAGAGUCCACAUACUUUCCCAAAAGGUACUCAAGUGAUCACACGUAAUCAAGUCCGCCUUGCAGAAGUCUGGAUGGAUGAAUAUAAAGAAAUAUUUUACCGAAGAAACACAGAAGCAGCAAAAAUAGUGAAACAAAAAACAUUUGGAGACAUCUCAAAAAGACUUGAUUUAAGGCAGCGUCUGCAGUGUAAAAAUUUUACCUGGUAUCUCACUAAUGUUUAUCCAGAAGCAUAUGUGCCAGACCUGAAUCCUUUGUUUUCUGGAUAUUUAAAGAACAUAGGUAACCAUAUGUGCCUGGAUGUUGGUGAGAAUAACCAUGGUGGCAAACCAUUGAUUAUGUAUUCUUGUCAUGGACUGGGAGGAAAUCAGUACUUUGAAUAUUCUGCACACCAUGAAAUUCGACAUAACAUUCAGAAGGAGCUGUGCCUUCGUGCCUCUGAGGGACCCGUGCAGCUUGGCGAGUGUAACUACAAAGGCCAGAAAACCUUUGCUGCUGGAGAAGAGCAGUGGCUGCACCAAAAGGAUCAAACUCUGUACAAUGCAGCACUGAAUAUGUGUCUUACAGGCGACGGAGAGCAUCCAAGUUUGGCAUCCUGUAAUCCAUCAGACCCCUUCCAGAAGUGGAUUUUUGGCCAGAACAAUUAAGAUUUUAUAUUUAGAGGCCAAGAGCAUUUUAUUGAAAGAAAAGAUCCAUUCUAAACUGUGGCCAUAUAUGUAUACACCUUAUUUAACUGAUGCAUACUUUAAAUGCAAAAUGUUUAAACACUUUAUUUUCCAUCUUAGCUAAACUGGAUAUAAAAUGUGUCAUCAUAGACUCCCUAGGAGUCUGUUAUACCAAAGAUGAUUGAGGUCCC